AUGAACUCGAUGAAGGCGGAAGACUUUCUGGGCGGGGGCGGUCUGGGCGGGCGGGCUUCUGGGUCGUCGCAAAUGGCCGCCCUCGGUUCCGGGCAGGCGUCCGGGUUGAUGGGCGGGCCCUUCUUGCUCUUGCGCUUGCUUGAGCUCGGUCUGCUAGUCCUGCCAGAUCUGCCAGACGAGGGCCUCCCGCCGGAGGGGCCGCUCGUUCUGGUUUGGUCGCCGGCCGCCGCCGCGCCAUCGUCGCUCUUCGGAUCGCUCAUCGUGUGUUUACGCGAACUUCAGCUGAUAAGAGAAACGAGGGAGGUGAGAAACUGGAUAUUUUUUGUUCCUACACAUACAAAUUCUAAUAAUAAUAAUAAUAAUAAUAAUAAUAAUAAUAAUAAUAAUAAUAAUAAUAAUAAUAAUAAUAAUAAUAUCGAUUGA